CGGAAAGUCCUCGGGUUUGCAUGCAGUGCGUGUGCUAUUUGGAAUUUGGACCCAUUUGGAGAAAGUGAAAAGGAGCAAAAUAAGUUUAUUUUCCAUUGAAACGGUGCAAAACGAUAGCUUUAUGUGUUCAGCUUCUUCAAAUGGUCGUAGAAUGUGUUAGUGGAGUUAUUUCGUGAUUCAGGUCCAUUCCUUCCAUUACAUCUCGCCCAAAUCCCCGUUUGAACAAUGGCGUACAUUUACGCGAGGGCUCUUGGAGGGCUAGCUACUGUCGGAUGUGGUAUUUAUGGAUACCGGCAAGUGAAAAGCUACUUGGAAGAGACGAAUCAGUUUGCUGUUGUUGAAGCAGCAGAGAUUGCUACUCAAAUAGGACAGACCCAUACACCAUUUCCAACAAGAACCAGCCAACUGCAAAAUUUGAGAGAUACCAAAGAAUUUGACAUACUUGUCAUUGGGGGAGGAGCAACUGGUAGUGGCGUUGCCCUGGAUAGCGUAACUAGAGGGUUGAGUACAGCGCUUGUUGAGAGGGAGGAUUUUUCAAGUGGCACAAGUAGUCGUAGCACUAAGCUGAUCCAUGGCGGUGUUCGUUAUCUUCAAAAAGCUGUUUUUAACUUGGAUAGAGAGCAGUACAAGCUGGUACAGGAAGCCCUUCAUGAAAGAGCAAACCUUCUGAACAUAGCACCUCACCUUGCCACACCCCUACCCAUCAUGCUCCCUGUCUAUAAAUGGUGGCAACUCCCGUACUUCUGGGCAGGGAUUAAGAUGUACGACUUUGUCUCUGGGCGCCAGCUCCUGAAGAGCAGUUAUCUUGUUGGCAAAAGCAAAGCUCUUGAGCUUUUCCCCAUGCUCAAGAAAGACAAACUAUGUGGAGCUAUUAUAUAUUAUGAUGGGCAGCAGAAUGAUGCUCGGAUGAACUUGUCUAUAGCACUGACUGCUGUUCGUCAUGGUGCAACUGCUGCAAACUAUGUGGAGGUCAUCUCUCUUCUCAAGAAAACUACAAAAACAGAGGACGGCAAGGACAAGGAGAUAGUUUGUGGCGCUCGUGUCAGGGACAGGCAGACCAAUGAGGAGUUUGAUGUGCAUGCUAAGUGUGUGGUCAACGCCACUGGCCCAUUUACGGAUGCCAUUCGCCACAUGGAUGACAAUCAAGUCUCUAAUAUUUGCCAACCCAGUUCUGGAGUACAUAUUGUUCUACCUUCAUAUUACAGCCCCAAAGACAUGGGAUUGCUAGACCCAGCUACAAGUGAUGGCCGUGUGAUAUUCUUUCUACCAUGGGCUGGUCGGACAAUAGCUGGUACCACAGACACACCCACCAAGGUAUCCUACGAGCCUGAACCCCAAGAGGAAGAGAUCCAGUUCAUACUGAAUGAAAUCAAACAUUACCUGAGUGAAGAUCUGGAUGUACGGCGUGGCGAUGUGCUGGCGGCAUGGAGUGGCAUAAGGCCACUGGUGAAGGACCCCAACUCUAAGAACACUGAAUCUGUGGCACGUAACCAUGUGAUCACCGUAAGUGACAGCCAGAUGGUGACCAUAGCGGGUGGCAAGUGGACCACGUACAGAUCAAUGGCAACAGACACAGUGGAUGCAUGUAUCAAAGCAUGUAACCUCCAGCCUGCACGAGGAUGCCAGACAGACGGGCUUUUAUUGGAGGGUGGACAGGGCUUCACACAGAACCUGUUUAUCAGGCUUGUGCAGGAUUUCGGUGUGGAAGUAGAGGUUGCACAGAAUCUUGCAAGCACAUACGGCAGCAAAGCACCACAAGUGGCCCGCAUGGCUAAUCUAACGGGAAAGAGAUGGCCUGUUGUUGGCAGGAAACUCGUAGAAGACUUCCCUUAUAUUGAGGCAGAGGUAAAGUACGCUGUGCAGGAGUAUGCAUGCACUGCUGUCGAUGUGUUGGCGAGGCGCACAAGGCUUGCCUUCCUCAAUGUAGAGGCAGCCUUGGAGGCCAUCCCCAGGAUUGUUGACAUCAUGGGCAAGGAGUUGAACUGGGACAAGCAAAGAAAAGAGAUUGAGAUGAAGGAGGCUCGUCGCUUCCUGGGUGCAAUGGGACUCGAUGUCCACACGAAUGUGCGUCGUGUAGAUGUGAAUUUUAGUCCUCAAGAAGUUGAGUAUUACAAAAAGGUUUUUAGCUGGUUCGACACGCAGGGGAGGGGCUUUAUCACAGUGCACGACCUGCGCAAGCUGCUGACUCAAGUUGGAGAGACCCUUAAUGACGAGCAGCUACACGAGCUUAUCAACGAGGUGUCAGUCAAGAAGAACAGCAUCAUAGAGCUGGAUGAGUUCCUUCAGCUCAUGAGCGCCCACAAGAAAGGAGCAGUCGCCAAUAAUCGAUUCGCAUCCAUCAUCGAUAGACAUUUCCAUCACUUAAACCAGCAAAUCCCUGUGGAUAGAAGUGGUGGCGGAUUAUAACAGGCAGAGUUAAAGACCAUUGCUAAUUCGGAUGCCCUUCCUAGGACUGGCAGAAUGGCGAAACAGUCCUACUAAGGGGCCAAACAUUUGACUUUUGAGGGGGGGGGGGUGGAUGAUUUUGGAAAAAAUUCUUGCAUGCCAAAUGCUUAGAAAAAAACUCCUGCGCACCCAAAAACGUCCCCCCCUCGAAAGUCAAAUGGUCGACCCCUGAGGAUUACUUACAACAGCUCACAGAGGUUUCUGAAUAGUCCAGGGUAUUUUAGGAUACUUUGGAGUUUCUGUUUCAAUCUGCUCUCUGUUUUUGCUAGAAAUUUCCUAAAAACGGAUCUGUGGGUUUAUCAAGUAUUUUUUAAACAAGCCGUCAUUCAAAAUUCACCCUCCACAAUGUACAUGAGAUCGCAAGCGGAGAGGGGGUUGAGGUGAGGAGAGAGGUUGUUUUUUUUCAGCCAGGGAAUUGGUAGAGUACGUAGGAAAGGAAGGAGCAACUUCAAAAUGCCCUGCCACACUAUAUUAUAUAGAACGAGUCAUUUAUACAAUGGAACCGAAUUAUGGUGAAGGGUAUUCUGAAUUACAUUUUUGUUAGAUGAGCAACAAAACAGAUCCCUUACUCCAAAACUCGAUUUGAUAGGAAUCAUGUAAGCAUAAAGAUUUUGAGUGCAAUAAAGAAGUGUGACAGCAA